UCGAGGACCACAACUUUCACGCGCUGAUCAAGGAAGCACACUUUGCUUUCGAAGCCCUAGUACAGCACCCGUUUGGGUUCGUGAGCUUCAUGCACGGGCGCUGGCCAGAUAUUCUGUAUCGAUGGUUGCGCGAAGAUUUGUACAGACGACGUUUCGAGGGAACAGUUUGACAUUGCUCGGGCGGAGAGAGAUGUGGACGCAGACUUCCACAAUGAGGUGCUGAAGAUGUCCAUGAUUUACAAGAUGAUUUUCAACGCGCGCCUUCGCUGGGUGCUGGAGGCGGCUCCAACCUUCGGACCGCACAACCGCGUUUCAAACGUGAUGCAUCGAACAGCACGCGGAAGGAUGGCGCCGGUAGGAUCUCCCGAGAACGGGGAUGCGGGGGAGCUAAUGCGCGCGCUCGGCGACGGCGCCGUUACCGACCUCUCCGACAAGUCCGAGCUUCUUGUCCAGUGCCUCCAAAAGCUCUGGGAGUCUGCUGGUGCGGAUGGCGAACGGGAACGGUGCUCGAAGCUAUUUAUCGGCAAACCGUCGGGGUCAACGGCAGGAGUAGAAGGUCUCUUCACGGGUGAUGGAGUGAUGGUUGCGCACGUAUUCCAGAUCACGGCUGAGAGCCCAGCCGACGCUGUGGACAUGUUGGUGCACCUCCUGGUGAGCUAUUGUGCUCUUUCAGCCAAGGCCAUAAAUGCCAUGAACCGACGCGAAAUAUCGAGUGAGCAUGCCGCGUUCAAGUUUCACAGUGCGAUGCCAUGUGUAGACGAAAUGUGUGGUAAACAGCGUGGUAGCCCCCCAUGCAACUUCCACGGGGGGGGACGGUUGCAGCGAUGUGUUUUUUGGGUUGAGUAUUGUUCGAAUGCCUAAGUUCGUCUCCACAUUUUUCCUUUGGCUGGUUUAUUGUCAUUUGCUGUCA